UUUUAGUUGAUGGGUAAUAAACGACAUUACAAGUAAAAUGCAAGCUAUUAGACAAUGCACAGUUUGUGCUACUGGGGGGCGGACUUCCUUUUGCUCCUGACCAAUAUGGCCGCGCUCAGAAGAAGCAUUGCAUGUCUCAAUUUCUUCAGGAGCACAGCAGAGAGCGUCCUCAACAGUAGGAAACCCUUGCGCCAGAGGCUCGUGCGUUGCAGAGCUGUUACCAGAACGAGCUUGGUCUCUUUGAGUGUUGGCAGUGGACUGAGCGCUGUCCCCUUCAUGCAGCAAGUGGAGAACCUCUCUCAUGAAUCCCUGAUCCGAAGCGCAUCCUCUAUGGUUACAGACAGUGCAAACACUUACCUCUCCCAGACCACUCAGGCUCUCGUAGACUCCAUCACACAAUAUGCCAAAGCUCUCCAUACCCUCAUCUCUCUUCAGAGGAGAUAUCUGGCUUCACUGGAAAAACUCUCCACUGCUGAGGAGGAUGCCAUUUGGCAAGUGAUCAUUGCCCAGCGUGUUGAAGUUGGUGACAGACUAGAUGAAUGCAACCGCUUCGAGUCAAACUGGAUUAAUGCCGUCAACCUUUGUGAAAUGGCAGCUGAGGCAGCGUACAACACAGGAGCUGAGCAUGCAUCCGUCACAGCCAAGACCAAUUUGCAGGUGGCCAAGGUUCAGGUGGAGGAGGUCCGGCAGAUAUCUGUGGAUGCUGAGAGGAAGCUGACUGAGACCCAGGCCGAGGAGAUCCAGAGGAUGGCGGAGUAUGCCUUCAUAGAGAGUGGCGGUGAUGACGUGCAUGAGGCUUACCUCAGAGAGGACUAAGACUAAUCCUGAGAGUAAAACAAGUUUGAGUAAUUUAUUGUGGUUUAAAUCCUCAACAAGUAGACAGUACACAGUCCAUCAUUUGAGAAGCUCAAGAGUUUUGAGUCAUUGGGGUUGUUGUUUAUAUAAAAUUAUUAAGAUAAACAAAAAACAUGUAGAGAAUUUUGUGAUGAAUUGAAUACCACCAAUCUUGUUUAAUAACACAAAGUUAUUAUAUUUUAGUGAAUGUAAUGUCAUGCUUCCUUGUUUAUAAAGCUGAGUUGAUUACAAUUUCAUGCACUUAUUUGAACUGUAACACUAAAUUAUAAUAUUUAUUUGAAUACAGCUUUGAAUAACAACUUCAAGUCUUUAAACUGAAAAUAAUUGACAAUCAGGGUAUCCUAAGUGAAUUGUAUGGACAAUGGUCAACAUAGCAGUACAGUAUGGUGGCAUUUGUUUAUUUGUAUUUGAUGAUAUGUAAAUUAAAUAACUUUAUAAUAAAAAGUAUAUUUUCCGUA